AUGCUGCUCCGUAGGAGGUACAAGAUGACUGUGAGCCUGUUUGAGACGGGGUACAUGAGCGACGCGGCAGGUGAAGCACCAGCUAACGUGGGCGCAUAUGGGUCGUUACUACACGCCACGGCCAGUAUACCGCGACGAUUCCUAGGCAGCGCGAGCGGCGGCGGCAGCCCGCUCGCGAGCGUGCCGGUUCUCGCGGGGCUCGUUGCGGCGGCAGCUUGCCUCGCGCUCAUCGGGGGAAUCAUCUUGUGGAGCCUGUGCGCUCCGCGGAAGGCGGUAUGCGCGGAGAAGCACAAGGCGCAGAAGCUCGCGCUGCUGCCAGUGCUACAAGCCACGUCAGAUUUCAACGCGUCGCUCAAGGUGGGCGCGGGGGAUUUCGGCGAGGCGUACGCGUGUGUGGGGCCCAAGGGGGAGGACUGGCUCGUCGUGCGCGGCACGUCCUCCGGCGAAAACGGCCGCGCGUUCCGCCGAGAGGUGGAUCGGCUGAACGACGUGUCGCAUCCGGCCAUCGCGCAGCUGCUCGGGUGGUGCGACGACCGCCGCGAGCGGAUCCUGGUGUUCGCCAUGCGGCAGGGCGUCACGCUCGCGGAGCGCCUGCGCCUGCAGCGCGAGGAGCGCGGCGGGGAGGAGGACGGCGGCGGGCGCCCGCUGACGUUUCUGGAGCGCCUCGACGUGGCGAUCGCCGUGGCGGAGGCAUUAGCUUACAUGCAUCGGGAUUGCCAGCCGCAGCUGCUGCACCGCGAAGUGUGCUCCAGCAACGUGCUGCUGCUGCCAGGGUCCCCUGCGGCCAUGCUAACAAGCGUUGGCCUAAUCAAGGGCCUACCCUCGGCCCCAACGGCAAAGCGCGUGCGCAACAGCGCGGGAUACCUCGACCCGGACUACUUCCACUCUCUGCGCGCCACCGCCGCCACCGACGUCUAUUCCUUCGGCGUCGUGCUUCUCGAGCUGCUCACGGGGCAGCUUGCCGAAUCCCACGACUCCAAAAAGGCCUCGCGGAAAUCGUAUAUCAAUAUCCAGUGGGCGGUGAGGCAUAUCAACGCCUCGGAUGUCUCGGCCGUUUUGGACCCUCGGAUGGACCACGGAGUUCCCGAGGCCGCGAUCAAACGGUUCGCAGGCGUCGCGGUGCUGUGCGUGGCGCGGCACUCGCGGAAACGCCCCGAUUCCGCCUCCGUGCUCCGGUUCCUGAGCGAGAUCCGCGCGGACUUGGCCCCGUCUCUCCUCUCCUCCGCUUUGUCCAUCUCUCGCUCCCCCUCCUCCGCCCCUCCUUCGGCCGUUUCUGCCCUCUCUGCUGCUUCUGGUGCCAUGCCAAUCUCAGCCUCCAUGGGUUCAAUGGGUUCUAUCCCCGGAAAGCCAGUCUCGAUAGUGGAUAUAGGCGAGGACGAAUACGCGGAGGAUUCGCGGUUAGAAGUCGCACCGUUGUACGAGUCGCAGUUCUCGUACUAUGACCUGGUGGAGGCGACUAAGGGCUUCAGCAAGAAGCGGUGGAUGCGGAGGAGCUACCUGGGGGAGGUGUAUCAGGGCACGCUGGGCGCGGGGAGCGAUGUCAUGGUGGUGCGCCAGAGUGGGAGUGGCGAGGCGUGGGUCAACCAGACCGUUGCUGGCGCCAAGGCACUUGCUAAGGUGCACCAUCCGGACCUGACGACGAUGCUGGGGUGCAGCAUCGGCCCGGACUACUGCGUGCUUGUACUCAACUACAUCCCCUUCCCCUCGCUCUCGCACCUCCUGCACACUGACGAUGAAGCCGUCCCAGUGCUCCCCUGGGAGGUGCGGGUGAGAGUGGUGGAGGGCGUGGCAGAGGGGCUGCUGCACCUGCACUCCUUCUGCCACCCGCCCAUGGUGCACGGCCGGGUGAGCUCGCGAGCAGUCCUCAUGGACCGCCACGUGUCGCCCAAGCUCUCCGACUUCGGCAUGCCCCACUUCACCCCGUACGCCCCUGCUUGCGCCGCCGCUGCCGCUGCCGGUGCUGCAGCUGGUGCUGGUGCUGGUGGUGCUGGUGCUGCUGCUGGUGGGAAGAAUGGGAGUGGGCACACAGAAGAGCGGUCUGCAGAAGACACGUACCUUGAUGCGUAUGCUGCCCCAGAGCUCCUCCCCUCCACGUCCCCCAAGGCCCGGAGCCCCUUCGCCAACUCCUCCCCUCCUGGCACUGCUACAGGCGGCAAGGGGCGGGGGGGCAUGGAGGCAACAGACGUGUUUGCGUUCGGCGUGGUGGUGUUAGAAAUCAUCUCAGGGCAGCACCCACACGACCCACGCCGCAUGCCGGCCUCCCUCGUUGAUUGGGCUCGGCAGAAGCUGUGGGUGGGGAGGGACAACCUGGCGGCGCUGGUGGACCCGCGACUCGCAGACGAGUUCGACCCUCAUGAGGUGGAAGGGUUGGCGGAGCUGGCUCUUCGGUGCACUCAGUCAACUCCGUCCAAGAGACCUACAAUGGAGGAGGUGAGAGGGGGAGAGGAAAGGGAGGACAGCAAGUCUUCAUUGUGCAGAGUAUAG